UGUGCUGAGCUGUUUGGGGGGCACGGCCCACUUCCUCGGGCUGCUUCCACUCUUGCGGGGAGCCUGACACUGAGGGCUGGUGGCUUUUCUGGCGGGCCAGGGGGAGGAGGAGGAAGGAGCUCCCGGGAUCCCCUCGCCCCCUCCCCCACCUGCCCGGUGAGUAAUGACAUUCACGGAGCGGGGAGGGAGGGAGGAGAGGGGCAGGCUCGGCGAGGCCAUGUGAUGCUGGGCGAGAGAGAGCCGCCGCGCCGGAGCCUCCUUCUUUCCUGCCUCUGAUUCCGGGCUGUCAUGGCGACCCCCAACAACCUGACCCCCACCAACUGCAGCUGGUGGCCCAUCUCCGCGCUGGAGAGCGAUGCGGCCAAGCCGGCAGAGGCCCCCGACGCGCCCGAGGCGGCCAGCCCCGCCCAUUGGCCCAGGGAGAGCCUGGUUCUGUACCACUGGACCCAGUCCUUCAGCUCGCAGAAGGUGCGGCUGGUGAUUGCUGAGAAGGGCCUGGUGUGUGAGGAGCGGGACGUGAGCCUGCCGCAGAGCGAGCACAAGGAGCCCUGGUUCAUGCGGCUCAACCUGGGCGAGGAGGUGCCCGUCAUCAUCCACCGCGACAACAUCAUCAGCGACUAUGACCAGAUCAUUGACUACGUGGAGCGCACCUUCACAGGAGAGCACGUGGUGGCCCUGAUGCCCGAGGUGGGCAGCCUGCAGCACGCGCGGGUGCUGCAGUACCGGGAGCUGCUGGACGCACUGCCCAUGGACGCCUACACGCACGGCUGCAUCCUGCACCCGGAGCUCACCACCGACUCCAUGAUCCCCAAGUAUGCCACAGCCGAGAUCCGCAGGCAGAAAUGCGAGCUGUGGCUCUGUGGCUGUGCCUUCACCCUUGCUGAUGUCCUCCUGGGAGCCACCCUGCACCGCCUCAAGUUCCUGGGACUGUCCAAGAAAUACUGGGAAGAUGGCAGCCGGCCCAACCUGCAGUCCUUCUUUGAGAGGGUCCAGAGACGCUUUGCCUUCCGGAAAGUCCUGGGUGACAUCCACACCACCCUGCUAUCGGCCGUCAUCCCCAAUGCUUUCCGGCUGGUCAAGAGGAAACCCCCAUCCUUCUUCGGGGCAUCCUUCCUCAUGGGCUCCCUGGGCGGGAUGGGCUACUUUGCUUACUGGUACCUCAAGAAAAAAUACAUCUAGGGCCAGGCCUGGGGCUUGGUGUCUGACUGUCGGUGUCUCUGUGCUGUGUGAUUCCCCAUGAGCUCUCAGUAACUCGCUGUCUCAUGAACACUUGGACAGCCCUCCCCGCCCUUCGUUCUGAGUAAUAAUAUCGUCAGUGUGAAAACAUUCCAUAGUUUAGAAGUAGACAUUGCCGAUACUGUGACUCAAGGCCACGGCUCUACUAAAAGAGAGAGGAAGUGGGAAACAGAACAAAAACCAGAAACAAAACACGAAUGCCUUUUCUUUUGAUUCAAGGUCUCAAGACGGAAUUGUGGGGACUGGUUAGGAACUGAGGUGAGUCCCAGGAGGUUUCAUCCACCAGGGCCCAGAUUCUGGGAGGUGCUGGGGGCUCAGACGGCCUGACCCCUCGCCUCCCCUUCCCUCUUGCCCAGGGAACUCUUCCACAGGACAAAGCCAACAUCAAGACUCAACUCCUCUAACCGGUACCUCUGAAUGGGGCUGGAGAACCGGAGACCCCAUGGGAGGUCCCUGAAGAUCAGAAGGGGCUUCAUGCUUCUCCUGGACAUGGACUGAGACAGCACUGGCUUGAGCCAAGGCAGUGGCACCCGAAAACCAGGCCACGGUGGGGAUGGACACCAUGAGCACACCCUCUCGUUGCCCGUCUGAGUUGGCCCGUGUGUUGGGUUUGGCUUUAAUAGAAACCUCUGAAAGCAGCAGCCAUCAUUCUCUUCCUACUUGAGUUUUUCCACCUUGUGAGGUGAGACUUUCAGUAAAAGCCAUGUUGACCUUCUCUCAGAAGGUCAGUCCAGCCCAAGCGCAGGGGCGGAUCUGGAGGGGACAAACCUAGGUCCCCCUCCCAGCCUCUGCCCAAGCCAUCUCCUUCAAUACCCACCCUUCCCGUCACUCCCAGAGCUGCAGUCUCUGCAUCCACGCCACCCACCCUGGUCCAGUCUCAUUUUCCUGUGCCUUUUGCAUGUUGGGAAAGAGUCUUGGUGUCACUGCUGCUCAUGCAUAGAAACCACCGAAAGCCCCAAUAAAGCAUCCAGGAGGA